GACGAGUCCGGUGUCAACGAAUCCAAUGCUCGGCGGACCCAUGGAUUUGCUCCCAAGGGCAGAAAAGCCAGGGUAUCGAGAGUCCUCAAACUUACACCCGGAUGGUCCAUCCUCCCAGGUCUUACAGUCGAUGGAUUCGUGGCCCUGCACAUCUACCAAGGUGCUUACAAUGCGGACCUAUUUUACGACUUCGUCGAGAAAGAGGUCCUCCCAAACACAACACCCUUCCCAGGGCCUCGAUCUGUGAUUGUAAUGGAUAAUGCGCGCUUUCACCAUGAUCCCAGAAUUGCAGAAUCCUCUCGUACCAUGGUCGGAAAUGCAUCUAUUUACCGCCGUAUUCGCCAGAUCUGA